CACGUUUGAUUGAGAUGGGAAACGGAAUGGUCCCUCAACCCCGGAUUUCAGACGUCAUAAGGUACUGCAGCAGGGGUCGAGCGGCUCCCCCGCAUUAGUCAUCCAGCUGGGGUAAUGCGGAUCUCCCCCACUCCCGCCCGAUCUCAGCUGUCAACUGAACUCCAAACCUUUAACUACCAUCGCCUCUUCAGACGGUCAAAAACUUUGCGAAACAUUAGAGCUGACGGGUUCUGUGAUUGAAUUUUUGAAAUUACCGAGUUUGGAAUUGCUGGAGUCUUAAAGUCGCUACGAUGGAGCAACAACAAAUACCCCUCAGCCACGAGGCAUCGGCUGGCAACACCAACAUGCGCGUGACGGCCUCACUCCCGCAAGAAGUUGUCCAGUGCCUAGAAAAUGCCCGCUUUCUUCACCUCGCCACCUGUUCCGACAACAUCCCCAAUGUCUCUCUCAUGAACUAUACCUACCUGCCGUCGUCGCCUCACUCCCGCUCCCCGAUCAUCAUCAUGACCACCAACCCGGCCAGCAAAAAGAUGAACAACCUCGCGAACAACCCCAACGUUUCUUUACUUGUCCACGACUGGGUUUCGCACCGCCCAACCACCACCUCCCAAGCGCGCCGCCUCUCCUCCGACGGCAGCGCAUCCCGCUCGCCCAUUCGCGAACCCCCGUCUUCCCUCGCCGCCCUCCUCUUCAACCUCAACACCUCCGCCGUAUCCUCCAUCAGCGCUACCAUCAACGGCAGCGCCCGGCUCGUCGAGCGGGGGUCUGAGGAGGAGAAAUACUACCGGGAGGUCCACUUGGAGAACAACACGUUUGACAGCGCGGCCGAGCCGGGGGGCCUCCUUGGCGCCGUUGCGGAUGGGGCGGAGGGAGUGGGGAAUAGCGCGAAUCGGUAUGCGGUAGGUGGUGAGGAUGUGAGGGUGAUCGUGGUGGGGAUACGGGACGUGCGGAUUGCGGAUUGGAAGGGGGCCGUCACGGAUUGGGUUAUUGCGGAUGGCGGGGAGGAACCGGCGAUCAAUGGGGUGUAGUGACGGAGUACCUCACUGUAGAGUUGGGUUGUAUAAUUCAUGAAUGAGCCGGAAAUGACAUGGAUGGAAAAUAGAUCCCGGGUAAUAAAAGGAGACUACAACAGUAGCUCAACUCGCUCGCGAAGGAGGAUUGACGGUUACCUUCCCAAAGCGGUUCUCACUCACUCAUCCUAGGGCGGGGGAAGUUAUUCCCCAGGGAAUUAUUAAGGUAGCCUCAUCGGUCUUGACCUCACUUAUCUAGAUACCUGCUCACUAU